UUAAUUUAUUGAAUUUAUUUUUUUAAAAUGACUGUGGAAACUGAAAAACAAUUAAAUUACAAAAAUAAAGUAAUACUAGCUCCAAUGGUGCGGUUUGGUACAUUACCAAUGCGUUUACUGGCACUAGAGUUUGGCGCCGAAAUAGUUUACACAGAGGAAUUAAUAGAUUUAAAAUUAAUUAAGAGCAAGAGAAGAUUUAAUUCUGCAUUGGAUACCAUAGAUUUCGUUGAUCCAUCUGACGGCACCAUUGUGUUUCGCACAUGUGAGAAAGAGCGGAGCAAAGUAGUUUUGCAACUCGGCACUAGUAAUGCGCAACGGGCUUUAUCAGUGGGAAAGCUGAUCCAAAAUGAUAUAGCUGGCAUUGAUAUUAAUAUGGGUUGUCCUAAGGAAUUUUCAAUAAAAGGCGGUAUGGGAGUGGCAUUACUUGCAGCACCUGAGAAAGCUGCCAAUAUAUUACGUACACUCUGUGAAAACUUAAAUAUUCCUGUCACAUGUAAGAUAAGAAUUCUUCCAAAUUUAGAGGAUACUAUAAAGCUGGUGCAAAGAUUUGCUGCUACUGGCAUUGCAGCAAUUGCUAUACAUGCUAGAACACGUGAUGAACGGCCACAACAUGAACCGCAUCCGGAUUUUAUAAGGGAAAUCGCUAAAUGUGUGAAUAUACCUGUAAUUGCUAAUGGUGGAUCUAGAGACAUUCAAAAAUAUGCCGAUAUAUUCAAAUUUAAAGAGCUUUGUGGUGCUAAUAGCGUUAUGAUAGCACGAGCGGCACAGUUAAAUAUUUCCAUAUUCAGAAAAGAAGGUCUGCUACCAAUCGAUGAUGUAAUUUAUAGGUACUUAAAACUAAGUGUUGAUUACGAUAAUGCAGCGCACAAUAGCAAAUACUGUGUACAAAAUAUAUUAAAAGAACUACAAGAAACUCCACGUGGUAAAAAAUUCCUCCAAUGCCAAACUCUGCAGCAAAUAUGUGAAAUAUGGAAUCUUGGUGAAUAUUGCUAUACAAAGCAAUUAGAGUUUAAAGAGAAAGGAAAUUUCGGAAGACGUGAAGUAGCUCCCGGGCAUAUACCCGAUGUUGAAGGCCCAGACUUAAAACGUCAAAAAUUGGAAGUACCCGAAUUGCCAAAAGAUGUUAUUGAGUGCAAUAUAGCAUUCCUACGUUCAAACUACACAGCUGACACGCAACUACCAAAAACAAUGCUAUAUACUUUCUCUUGUCAACAACAGAAACAGAAACCCAUUUAUGAGACACAAGGUAUCGAUAAAUUGUUCCGUGCAAUUUGUGCUUAUGAUGGAAAAAAAUACACCAGCAGCUUUUGGGAAAAGAACAAAAAGCAAGCAGAACAAGGUGCAGCUUUGGUGUGCCUAUUAAAUAUUGGUGUAGUAAGUGAAGACAGCUUAAUAAGGAAUGGCAGCAUACUAAGAUGAUAUACGUAAGGAAAAGUUCAUAUUUAUUAAGCUCUUAAUAAGAAGUUAAGUUUAUUACCUUUUUGCCACGGUUUCUCACAAAAGCGUUAGGUAAAUCUAACUUCAAAUAGAAUAAUUAACAGCAGUACAUUACAAUUUAUUAUAUGGAUUAAAAUUAUAAAUAAAUUUUUAAAGAAAAAUUUCUUACUAUGAACAAUCUAAUCAUU